AUGGCGAUCAUGGAGUCGCCGGAGAGUGUUGGAGCCGGUGCCGCGGCGACGACUACGACGACGACUACGAGUGUUAUUUCCAGCGCGGGGAAUGCGAAUUGUGAGUUGAAUUACGAUCGGAGCGGUUCUGUUAGGAGGAGACCGAGUGUUGCCGCGGCGUUGAAGGAGGUGGUGAAGGAGUCGGAAGCGGAAUCUGAUUCUAGUUUCAAGGAGAUUUACACGAAUGAUGACAGUAAAAAUGAGGUUGUUAAUGGUAAUAGUUGUAAUGGUGAACUCGAAGUGACGAGCCAGAGUGGCGGAAAGGACGAGAAGGAGAAGGAUAAGGAUGGGAAUAGCGAGGGCAGAGGAGGCGGAGCUGAGUCGUCCUCCAAGUUCACUUAUAGGCCUUCCGCACCAGCUCACCGGAGAAUCAAGGAGAGUCCUCUCAGUUCUGAUGCCAUUUUCAAGCAGAGCCAUGCAGGUCUUUUUAAUCUGUGUAUAGUGGUACUUGUUGCUGUGAACAGCCGGCUUAUCAUUGAAAACUUGAUGAAGUAUGGGUGGUUAAUUAGAACAGGUUUUUGGUUCAGCCCGCGGUCGCUAGGGGAUUGGCCACUGCUUAUGUGCUGUUUAAGUCUCCCGGUUUUCCCCCUUGCUGCAUUCUCGGUUGAAAAAUUGGUCCAGAAAAAUUAUAUAUCUGAACCAGUGGCGGUUUUUCUUCAUGUUGUAAUAAGUGCAACUGCAAUUUUGUAUCCUGUUGUUGUCAUUUUGAGGUGUGAAUCUGCUGUACUCGCGGGCGUGAUUUUGAUGCUGUUUGCUUGCAUCGUUUGGUUAAAGCUGAUAUCUUAUGCCCACACAAAUUAUGACAUGAGAGCACUUUCGAAGUCACUUGAGAAGGGAGAAGAGGUCCCCAGUUAUUUCGGCACAGAUUGCACCUAUGAUAUAAGCUUCAAGGCUUUGUUAUACUUCAUGGUUGCUCCGACGUUGUGUUACCAGACAAGCUAUCCGCGCACGACUUGCAUACGGAAGGGUUGGGUUGUGCGCCAACUAAUUAAGUUGAUUAUCUUUACCGGAUUAAUGGGGUUUAUCAUUGAGCAGUACAUUAACCCCAUUGUACGGAACUCUCAACAUCCUCUGAAAGGAAACUUUCUUUAUGCUAUCGAAAGGGUCUUGAAGCUUUCCGUUCCAAACUUAUACGUUUGGCUGUGCAUGUUUUACUGCUUUUUUCAUCUUUGGCUAAAUAUACUUGCAGAGCUUCUGCGUUUUGGUGAUCGUGAAUUCUACAAGGAUUGGUGGAAUGCAAAAACAAUUGAAGAGUAUUGGAGAAUGUGGAACAUGCCUGUUCAUAAAUGGAUGGUUCGCCAUAUUUACUUUCCAUGCUUGCGCAAUGGGAUUCCCAAGGGGGCUGCAAUAUUGAUUGCCUUUCUAGUAUCAGCCAUCUUCCAUGAGCUGUGCAUUGCUGUUCCAUGUCACAUAUUCAAGUUUUGGGCAUUUAUUGGUAUCAUGUUUCAGGUUCCAUUGGUUAUAUUGACAAAUUAUUUGCAAGCCAAGUUCAAAAAUUCUAUGGACUAUUAUUAUAGGAUGGAAAAAGUAUCAUAG